AUGGCCAGUAAAGAGCAAGAAGCCUUAGAGAAGAGUUCCGGAAGCACAGUCGAAUUAAAGCGAGAAUUAGGAUUAUUCUCUGCUAUUAAUUUAAUUUUGGGAGUAAUGAUUGGAUCAGGAAUAUUUGUGUCUCCAUCAUCCGCUUUAGAACAUUCCGGUUCCGUUGCUUUGUGCCUAAUAAUAUGGACUGUUUCUGGAAUUAUAUCUUUAUUAGGAGCACUUUCAUUUGCCGAAUUAGGAACAGUCCUUGGAAAAUCUGGCGCAGAAUAUUCUUAUUUUCAAGAAGCAUUUGGAAAAUGUCAUAAAUAUUGGGGACCUCUACCGUCAUUUAUAUGCGCCUGGAUAUACGUUAUGAUAUUAAGACCAGCAGAAGUAGCUAUUAUUGUGAUGACUUUUGCGGAAUACGCUAUGCAGCCUUUUACAACAGAUAUAAAUCCUGAUCAUAAAAGAACUGCAAUUAAGCUUGGAUCAUUGGCAGCUUUGUAUGGUUUAUCAGAGGAAAUAAAACGAUUAAAAUUACGAUGUCUUGAUGCGUGCAAUAUAAUCGAAAACUCUCCUUUGGACGCCAAUAUUACCCCGAAUAACAUUGGUGAUAAAGCACUUUGCUAUGUAGAAGGUCUUCGAACUGAGAUUCAGAAUUCUAUAACAAUAAUUCCAACGGACGAAAAUUUGAUAAUCAGCCAAUUUCUUGCUGAAAUAAAAGAUAAGACGGAGCAAGUUGAGGAACUUGCAGCAUUUACUCGUGGUUCUAUAUGUGAUGUUGAUAAAGAAAUACAAAGAUUAAAUAACCUAACUAAAACAGCACAAGAAGCUCUAUCUAGACCGAGAAUAGUACAAAAAGAAAUUCAUCCAGAACAUCUACAGAAGGCCAAAGAAACUUUUCAUGUAUUAAAGAAUGAACUUCACGGGCUUAUACAAUCAUUAUUUCCGAAUUCUAGUGAUCAUAUCAUGGAUGUUAUGGGACAACUUAUGCAAGAAAAGUUAAAUGAAGAAUCCAAUGGUUAUAUACAAAUCACUCGGGAAGAUUAUCAGAUUGUUAAAUUACUGCAAGAUAUGAAUAUUAUUAUAGCUAAUCCAUACAAUAACAUGGAAGUUAAAAUUGCUCAU